AAAAAAGUUGGCUGCUUUCAAAGUUGUCCGGUUGGGCCAAGCAACAGCAAUGGGAGAGGGCAGAGGGAAGAAAGAGUAAACAAAGGCUGUCAUUCGAUCCUAUUCUUCCUCUUUUCCUUGACACAUCAAGAAGAUCUUCAGCAACCAUGGUCAAGUUCAUCAAGGCUGGCAAAGUUGUCGUUAUUUUGAAUGGUCGUUACGCCGGUAAGAAGGCCGUUGUCGUCCGUAAUCACGAUGAAGGUACCAAGGAUAGACCUUAUGGUUAUGCCGUCGUUGCUGGUAUCGAACGUACUCCUCUCAAGGUCACCAAGGCCAUGAACAAGAAGAAGGUUGCCAAGCGCUCCAAGGUCAAGCCUUUUGUCAAGAUUGUCAACUACAACCACAUGAUGCCCACUCGUUAUGGUUUGGAAUUAGAACAAAUCAAGGGUACCAUCUCUGCUGAAACCUUCAAGGAACCCACUCAACGUGAAGAAGCCAAGAAGGUCAUCAAGAAGCUCUUUGAAGAACGUUACCAAACCGGUAAGAACAAGUGGUUCUUCAGCAAGCUCAGAUUCUAAAUUGUGUGGAAGUACUAUUUCUAUUCUUUUAUCUUGAAAUAAAAAACGAAACCCGUUGAUAUCUACAUGUUUUUAUGAAUCAUCUCAAAAAUAUCAGGUAUCCAUGAUUGGGUGGAGCAGGG